ACUGCACUGAAAAAUGAUGGUGGUUGGUGAUAACUGGAAAUUCCUUAAUGGUUUGAAACCGGUGUUGAUGAUGGUGAUAGUUCAGACCAUCCUUGCUGGUCUCAAUGUUAUCUAUAAGCUUGCAACCCUAGAUGGGAUGAAUAUGAGAAUCUUGAUUGCCUACAGAUAUAUGUUUGCUUUCAUUUUCUUGGCUCCCUUUGCUUUCUUCAUUGAAAGAAAUAAAAGACCAAAGUUAACAUGGAUGGUCACCUUCCAAGUAUUUCUUUGUGGGUUAUUUGGGGGAACGUUGUCUCAGAAUCUCUAUGUGUCAAGCUUAAACUUAACAUCAAUGACAUUUGCAGCAGCCAUGACAAACCUUAUUCCAGCAACAACUUUCUUCUUAGCUCUCAUUCUCAGGAUGGAGAGGCUAUGGAUUCGGACGAUGGCAGGGAAAGCAAAGCUUGUGGGUACGGUCAUAUGUAUAGGAGGGGCAAUGAUACUAACUUUCUACAAAGGUCCUGAGGUCAAACUUUGGUCAACAAAUAUUGACCUCACACAUGGAGCGUCCACAUCAGCAUCACACGCUGGUAAUAGUAGUUGCGUAGUGGGUUCAAUCCUAGCCCUUGGUUGCUGUUUGUGUUAUGCAAUCUGGUUGAUUAUUCAGACUAAGAUGAGCGAGAGGUACCCUUGUCCCUUAUCAAGCACGGCUCUGAUGUGCUUGAUGGGGUCAGCACAAAGCGCCAUAUUCGCUAUUUGCGUUGAUCAGAAGUGGGAGGAGUGGAAGUUUGGAUGGAACAUCAGGCUUUUGACUGUAGCUUACUCGGGAAUAUUGGCAUCAGGGAUAAUGUUUACGUUGAUAGCUUGGGGUGUAAGGGCAAGGGGACCACUGUUUGUAUCGAUUUUCAACCCUCUGAUGCUUUUGAUGGUGGCAAUCAUGGGUUCCUUGUUCCUUGCCGAGAAGCUACAUGUUGGAAGCCUAGUAGGGGCAGCGCUGAUAGUGGUGGGGUUGUAUGGAGUGUUGUGGGGAAAGGGGAAGGAGAUGAAGAGGAUGUCUUUGGUUAAGCGGCCAUCUCAAAAGAGCUCCAAAGAUGAUGGGGAGCCAAUUGAGGUGGUUGUUACUACCAAUCCUUCUUCUUCUUCUUCGUCUUCAGUAACUACUAGUACAGCAAAUACAAUUACUACUACGAUUGAUACCAGCAGCAACAACCGGCAACCAUAG